AAUAAUUCAAACAUUAAGGAGUGAAUGAUAAGUGCAAUGUACGUAGAACGUGUUUAAUUUAUUUUCACUUAAACUAAAACUGUGUAUUUAUCUGCAUAAUUGCACGUUUGCAUAAUUAGAAACAAACAUUCGAAACAUUGUCGGAAAAUAGAUUAUUGUAAACUAUUCAUUGUUUAAUUGAUAACCUAAAGUAAAUUUAAUGAAUGUGCUUUAGCCACGAUAUAUAUAGUUGGCUUUAUCAUUAUAUAAGGACAAAUUAAAGAAACUAGGGCACGAGUAUCUUUAUCUUGGAGUUGGUUGUAAUAUGCAUGUGGUUUAAACUUUAAAAAUUGUGUAUGUUUUGAAUGACUGAAACAUAAACAUUCAGAACAGACAGGCAUAUCACAAAAUGUUUUCUAAAAAAUACCGGUUUAUGAAACGUAAGACAGUGUGGAUAUUAGUUCUCGUGGUUUUAAUAAUAUUCGUAUUAGUUGCUAGUAACUUCAAAGUUUACAAUGUUAUUUUAAAUUCUGUAUUUGAUAUACCGUUUAAAAGUUUGAUUAGAAAAGCCUCAAGUGAUGCUUGGUUCGAUAAUACAGCAGUUCCCGGAGACAAAGUUAAACGGCCUGUAUUGGAUAAUUCUUUGGUUAACGGAGUUUGUCGAGGAAAACUAGAUAAAACACAGAUCGGCCAAGAUGGGUCUUGGCAACCGAUAGACAAAUCUUUGACAAUGUUUGUUAUUUCAGCAUAUUAUAUUAAUACUGAGAAAAAGCUAUUUAUCAUUGGUGCAAAACCAAUGCAUAAAGUCACUGUUAUUUGCCAACUGUGGACAAUACAGGACGUAACUGGUGAAAUAAAAAUGCGGGAAACUGAUGCUAUUGUCGGAACACCAAACGACCCGGCCGGACCAUCACCGUAUACUGCAGUGACGUUUGAAUGUAAAUUAAAUGGUAAUGAUACGCCAUCAUUUGUUUCACUGGCAACACAUCCGUGUCAAAACGCUUUGAAUCUCCUGAGUAUAAAAAAUGCCUCAAAAGUCGACACUUACCAACGGCACUUUACGGUUUGUUUGGCGCCAAUAUUCAGCUACAGAAGUGCUCAUGAAUUCAUCGAAUGGGUAGAACUCAAUCGAAUUCUUGGUGUCGACAAAAUUAUCGUUUAUGAUUAUUCAAUAUCGGAAGAUGUGAAAAAUAUUUUGAAAUUCUAUUCGGAACGCAAUUUCUCAGAAAUUAUUCCAUGGAGACUUCCGUUUCCGGUUCAACAUCACAUUCAUUACUUUGGUCAAACUGUUGCACUGAAUGACUGUCUUUUCAGGACUAAGCAAAUCUCAGAAUUUAUGUCAAAUAUCGACUUGGAUGAAUACAUUAUUCCUCAUUCGGGGAAUGCUUUCAACUGGACUCAAAUGCUGAAAGAUCUUGACCAAUCGGCGGAUGGAUUCAUUUUCAAAAAUACCUUUUUCAGAAAAGAAUGGACAAAUGAUGAGGUAGAAUUCAAAGGAAAGACAAAGGCCAAACAACUAAAGUUAAUAACCUUGAAACAUUUUGAUCACGAGACAAAGAUAUAUCGCCACAUGGACCGUUCAAAGUAUUUUGUUCGGCCAUCACGUGUCAAUUAUAUCCUUAUACAUGAAAUCCCCAAUGCACGUGUUGUUAAAGUUGCUCAACAAAUAGGUUUGCUCCACCACUAUAGAAACUGGGAGAAUUACGAGGAUAAACAGCAAAGGGUUAAAGAUACUACAGUCCUCGACAAAUUUGAAGACGUGCUUAUCAACAAUGUUGAACGCGUAUGGAAAGAAUUAAAGUUGAAGAAUCUAAUGAUAGAAUAAAACACUUACUACAGGAAACAAAAUUUUACGUCACAAUUUAGAGGUUAUUUGAUGAAAGUACUUUUGAAACAGAAACAACUUAUAAAAGACAUUAUAAUCCUCUACUGGACAUUGACUUUCAAAAACGUUUGAAGUGUGUGGAAAUAUCUGAAUUAUUAUUUAGUAAUUUCUCAUUUAAUAUUGAAAUCGAUUUUCCUUUUAUAAAAUCAUAUAGUGUUUGUUCACCCUUCAAUUUCCGAAUUGAUGUGUUUGUUUAGGAUUAUGCUGUUCUUUUCUAGGCUUAACCUUUUCCUAAAAUAUAUAUAAUAGUUGGUCGUUAUUUGUAAAAAAUCCAAAUAACUAUGCUAAAAUCACUUGUCAAAAUAUAAGAUGAUAAUCAUUUUAGUUAAUAUGUUUUUAGUUAAAAUGAGUUUUGAAAGGUUACAUGGCCCAGUUCAAACGUCAAUAAGCUAAUACAACAUGAUCCGCUCCUCCAGUUGUAUCAAAAAGGAUCAUUAAUACACGGCCAUAUGAAAUUUCGAAGCUGCAUACAUGUACCUCCAAAUGAGCCGAAAAAUAUGCAAGAAAAUCAAUUUUCAGUAAAAUGCACGUAAAUAAAAAGAAAAGUAGAUUAGAAUAUUUACAAUUCAAGUAAUAAUUUACACGUUUCAGUGAUGUAUUUCAAACACUUAAUAAAAAAGUAAAUUAGAAUAUUUACAAUUUAUGUAAUAAUUUACACGUUUCAGUGAUGAAUUUCAAACACUUAAUAAAAAAGUAAAUUAGAAUAUUUACAAUUCAUGUAAUAAUUUACACGUUUCAGUGAUGUAUUUCAAACACUUAAUAAAAAAGUAAAUUAGAAUAUUUACAAUUCAUGUAAUAAUUUACACGUUUCAUUGAUGUAUUUCAAACACUUAAUAUAAAGAGUAUCUCUAUUGAUUUAUCGUAUCAAUAUUAAAAGUAAACAGGUAUUGUGUUGCAUGUUUCCGAAGACUUUUUUUACAAAUUUACAAGACUUGGAAUUCCUGGAAUAAAGUUAUAUUAUAAAGAUUUGUUCUGCAUUUUGAAAUGUGAUAACACUAUUACAAACAAAUUAUAUAUUGAUUGAAAUGAAACUGUGCUAGGAAUCUAUUUUGAAAUAAGAAUAAUAUAGCAGCCUAACUAUUUGUUAGAUUAUAUUUAAGCAUAUGUAAGGCCAAGGAAAUAAAGGAAAGGAAAGGAAUCAAAUUCAGUUAAUGUCAUUUCAAAAGUUUUUCAUAAUUUUUUGAAACGUCUCUCUUCUGUUGGCCGAAGGAUGCAGAAACCAGGCAACAUUUUUAUUUCUAAAAAGGAAUACCAGACAUAUUCUAUUACGUAUUUGUCAUUAUAAUUAACAAUACGAGACGUAUUCCAUUACAACAUACUUGUCAGACAAAUAAGUCAUCUGUAAUAAGCACAAUGAACGAGAAACACUGAUGUGGCAUAUUUAUCACUUACAUUUCGUUGACACACAUUUCUUUUCGUUUUUAAAAUGAAUAGGCAUUUCUUCUAAACGGAUCAUCGUAAAUUGUGCUAAAACAGAAUGGUACUUUCUUAAGGCGAAAAUCUAUUUAUAUGCGAUCAUAAAUAUGUUGUCACUUUAAAGUGGAAUUUUGAUAUGACGGGACUGGAACUAUUUUUCAAGAUUUAAGUCCCAUUUAAUAUAGGUCUAAACCAAUAACUUUUUUUGUCCAGAAUUAUUAUGCUAAUUGUAGAAAAUGACCUUAAAUAUUGAAGCACUUUUCACUAAAGUUGCAUACUUCAAGAAAAUAAAACCUUGAGAAAACUGUACUAAAAUGUUAAGAAAAGUAAAGAGAUUGCAGUAAUAAUUUACAAGUAGUGCGAGUAAAGGUCGAUCUUGCAGUAUUAAUUACAAUUUUUCUGUUGCGCUACUAAUGCAAUAAGGGCUAUUUUUGCAUAUUGUGACCUCUAAUAUACGUGAAUUGUAAAUUUCUUUUGCAAAUUAAAUUAAUAUCUUUGUUCACUUUA